CUAAGAUCUAUAUGAUACUCCAAUCUGAAAGAGAAUAUUGACAUCCAAAAUCUUCGGUUGGGAAAAACAAGUCCCAUGCUGGCUUGGUUUAGCAUUCCGACAAGUAGUGAAAGGAACUGUGUCCUCCUGGCAUGCAGGCCAGGGAAGUUUGUAGGUGUGUCUUGCCCCUUUAAGACCAGAGGCUAGAAUGAACUGGUUGCUAAUGAGUCAUAAUGAUAACUCUCUCAGGUGGCUCACCAUCCACAUGCAGUUUUUAUCUGACCAAGCCAGUUCGGAGGAAUUGGACUUCUCUCUGUUCAUUGGUGAGAGUUGGGGUUGUAACUCUCUAGGCUUAUUUUCUAAGAUCAAAGUGCCCAUGCUCUAGAUAAAGGAUCGGUGCUCCUCAGUUUAGGCUCUUUUCUACCCUACAGGGCACACAGAGUUUACUGAGAGUGGAGAUUUUCUUUGAAAUGAGGUCCUGUGUGAUCAGCAAUAUUUCUGAAGCCCAAGGAAUGAAUAGAAGGGGAAAACCCUUCUCGGCUGAGAACACCUCUGAACCCUGCUGCUCUUGUAACUCCUGCUGAAAAAUACACCUGUAGCCAGUGUGACUCACUAUGACUGUGGACUCCUUUUCAGGUUUCAGGAAUCCAGGAUAGCAAUUAGGAAGCCCCAGAAACCCCACUCAGACAGAGAUGCUAACCUCCAAGUUCAGAAUCUGGAAGGAGAGUGGUGCAGAAGCCCACACCGUGACCUCGUCCCACACACCUUCAUAUUUACGCCCCUCUGCCUGAGGCCCGUUCUCCAGGGCGGGGAGUCAUCUUGAUUGGUGUCUGUCACUGCAGGCGAUGGUACUUUGGACAUGAAUAUACUAGAUGACCUUGAGUUCCUCAAGUUUGAAUAUGGGAUUCCAGAGGAGGAGCGGUACUGGCUGUACUUGAAGGGACGGCACCGGGGACUGAUGACCAAGGGCUGUGCCCAUGCAGCCUUCUUUUGCAAACUGCUCUGCACUUUGAGGUAAGCUAGUUGAGGAAGACACAAGUAUCGCCGUGCAGCGGCUGUGCACACCUUCAAUACCAGCACUCCGGAGAAGAUAAAGGUGGGCAUCAUUGGAGGUGGCCACCUUGGAAAGCAGCUGGCUUACGUACUGCUGAGACGUGUCCCCAUCCCUGCUGAGAACCUGUGGAUCUCCACACGGAGGCCAGAGUCCCUGGCUGAGCUCCAGAAACUAGGCGUCCGGUGCUCCUGUGACAACCCUUCUCUGGCCAGCUGGGCCAAAGUGUUGUUCCUCUGCUGCUUGCCGGCUCAGCUGCCCAAUAUCUGCCUAGAAAUUCAAAACAAGCUCGAAAGGACCUGCCUGGUGUACAGCUUUGUAUCCGCCAUCCCACUCCCCAGGUUGAAACUUCUACUGAACCACACCAAUAUACUGCGGCCCCACUAUCAGUUCGAGGAUUCGGACAACAUCUGGGGACAGAAUCAGAGCAUGGCAGAUGCUCUCAAGGAUCCCGAAAUUCUUCGGGCCACCUGUCCCUACUGUAAUAUUGGGGGAGUAAUCCUCAACAUCAAAUGGCUGGAGGCCGUGUUCUACGCAGUCAUCAAUGUCUGCACAUCAAUGAAUGUGUUUCACUCGCAGGCGCUGCAGCUUCUCAACAAAUUGUUCCUCUCUGUGCACUUAGAAAGCUGCAAGAAAGACAUAUCCUUGUGCCCCAAAUUUCGUUUAAUACAUUUUAUGAACAAAACCUACAUCAGGAACUUGUUUCGUAAAAGGCCUUUCCCCUGGUUUGAUCUGAUUGCUGUGCAACUCAAGGAAACUCCCUUUAGCCAGUACCUCUCAGCAACUCCUGUUCUGCAGGACCACCUUACUCUUAUGUACUGUGACUCAUUUGGCAUCUCCCAAAAUAAAGAAGAGGGUUCCACAGUUCUUCCACCCUAAGGAUGUCAGGGCUGACAGAGAGCCAUGGACUUUGAAGCUACACUAAUGACUUGAGUGUAGAAUAAAAUAUGAGGUUCUAUAUACGCCAAUAUACUUGGGUGUGUUUAGCUUUCAGAAACAGCUUAGUACAUUGCUUCCC